AUGGACGGCUUUGAGUGCACAGAGACACUCUGCGAUGGGGGCUCGGCGCUCGCACAGCUUUCAGGGCUCGGAUCUACAAACAACGGCGCGAUAGCGAGUGAUGGCGGCGUCAUGCAAAACCCCUGGGCUGACGACAUCCUCUUCGACUUCAGUCUGUCACCAAUUGACGUUCAGUGGGACCUCACCACGGACUCAACAGCGUCCGGUACAGCCACAUCCCUUGGGGGCUCGGCAGCCGAAUCUGUGGUGUUCUCUGCGACCUCGCCCGAUCAGGGAUCUCUGAAUCUCUAUAUCCCAAGUCUCAUGCCAAACUUAACGUCCGCAGACGACAAAGCCUUGUUCAACCACUAUUCAGCUGUCGUCGCUAAUACGCUCUGCCGAACGUCCCAGUCAAAUGUUUCCAACCCCUACAUCCUCCACAUCUUACCAAUGGCUGUGUCGGAUGACACUAUCCGUCACUGUGUACUGGCUUUGAGUGGCUCACAUUGGAAGCGAACGCAGCCACGUCUGAGCGAGCGCGGACUCGUGCACCAGGCCAAGGCCACACAGGCGCUGGCUGGCAUGCUCUCCACCACCAGCCAACAGACAACGGACGUUGCCUUGGCGGCAUGUCUCCUGCUGUGUCUGAAUGAGAUCCUGGACGGCCAGUCGUCCGGGUGGAAACAUCAUCUCGAGGGCGCCAAGCGCCUCAUGGCUGCUAGAGCCACGGCCGAUGUGACGGACCUAGCCUCUGAAUACGCCUUCCUCGUUGACCUGGCUCGCUUUCUUGACAGUGCGACCACGACCAGCACAUGCGCUCCACCGGUGAUGCAAAAAAACGACACAAAUGCUGCAUUUCUGAGCAGACUGAGCUCUCGUCUGAGCAACCACGACACCGCCGUGUACGGUGUGCCCAAAGCACUGUUCCAUCUAGUCGACAAGAUCAACAACCUCGCCCAGAAGCGCAAGACCAGGAUAGACGCGCAGUCAGAGGACAGCUUCCUUCAGGAGACGGCGCUGACAGAGGACUUGUUGGAUCACUGGAGCUUCGAGUACGGUGGUCUCUCCCAGGCCGUCGCCAACCUCACCUCCCUCUCGCGACCCGACCACGACACCCUCCAAGCAACCAUUGCCUACGAAUGGGCCCUCCGACUCCGGCUUCAUCAGAUCAGGGAUGGCUACAAGCUUUCACACGAUUUCGUCCCGCGCUGCGUCGACAGGAUACUCGGGGCCGUGCAGGAGAUCAGGUAUGGUAGCCCGCUGGAGGGCUGCCUGCUUUUCCCCUUGGUCAUGGCCGGCGGUGCAUGUGGGGGCCUGGAGCAGAGGAUCAUCAUACAGGAUCGUCUCAUGGUCAUGGAGAGAACGUACGGGUUCGGGUAUGUGUACUGCGCGAGGGAUCUUGUGGAGAAGGUUUGGGAGCAAAGGGAUGCUUUGGAGGGGACAGGGGCGAUUGUCAAUUGGGCGAGAAUGAGGUUCGAAGAGAUGAGCGGCCUUGUGAUUUUCUGA